AUGGUCCAAGUCUUGCAAAGAAUUGAAUUCGAGGCAGAAUAUGUUAAGAUAGAGAAAUCUGAAAGUUUGAGUCCACAUCUACAACGUCUAAAUCCUUUCAUACACUCCAGCGUAAUAGAUGGUGUAAAAUUUCAAUUAAUUCGCGUUGGGGGAAGGUUAUUAAACGCGUCAAUUCUGUAUGAUGGAAAAUUUCCACUAUUACUCAAUUCUCGUCCAAUCGCAUCGCCUGGCAACGAUCCCAACGAUGAAGAAGCGCUGACACCAGGACAUCUGCUGAUCGGUCAGGCUCUGCUUUCGCUGCCGCACGAGUCCGUCACAGGCAUAACCUCCAGCAAGGCUGGCUGCGGGUACUUGAGGCGGUGGCGAAUGCUGUCCGCUAUUAAGCAGCAGUUUUGGGACAGUUGGUCCAAAGACUACCUCGUCAGCCUGCAGCAGCGCAACAAGUGGAGCACCGGAUGCAGCGAUGUGGAGGUCGGACGCUUGGUGCUCGUACACGAGGACAACUCGCCCCCGCAACGGUGGCUCACAGGGCGCGUGGUGGCAACAACAACCGGCAGGGACGGUAAAGUGCGUGUAGCACAAAUCCAGACGUCAGGAGGCGUCAUCAAGCGCGCCAUCCAUAAGUUGGCAUUGCUGCCAAUAAAAAGCUUAUCGUUUGCACGCUUGCACUCAGCCUAUCUGAAUAGCCGAACGCAUAGCUUUCAUAGCGAGGCAAUUUCGGACGCUGCUCGUGUAAAGUAG